AUGUCGGUCCACACAGUUUGGGAAGCCGUACGCAGGACGCCAGCCGUGGACCUUAUCCUAGGUCGACUUGGGAUUGAUAUACUCGACGAAACGGUGCCAGAUUUCACUUCUCACCCAUCGAUAGACGAACAGCCAGAACCACCAAACAUCGCGAAGGAUACGGCAGCGGCUCCAGUCUUCGUCAUUCGAGACCUUGCGACAGAGAUCGGCGUCGAAUCUCCAUCGGCGAAUCGCAGUGCCCAGACAGCACCGGAUACGGGAGACUCAGACUUAAUUAUACUGGGCCUUGUGUCGGAUCAACAGGCCGCAGCCCUACUAACCAUAUUCAAUGAGCACUAUGGUCGUUGGGUUUUCUUCGACACCCUGAGGUCUCCAGAUGACCUGUUCGAGGAGGUCAAACGAUCACCGCUUCUUUUAUGUUCGUGUUGUCUUAUUGCUGUCCGACACACCAACGAAGAGCUCGCGUCGAGCCUUGCCCUGGACCUGUUUGAAAAGUCGAAGUCACUGCUUUCGACGGCACUGCUCUCCACAACACAAGACAUUGACUUCUUCCAGGCAGCUCUCAUCUUGUGCAUGUGGUCCACCACAGUGGGCCAGGUCCCGUUGAGUAUCGACAGCUGGCUGCUGAGCGGUUUCGCCAUUCAGCAUUGCAUCUCGAGUGAUCUCUUCGAAAAUGUCCUUACUCAUGGCUCUCCAAGCACCAAGCGUGAUCUGGGACUGUUGAGACUGUGGAAUCACCUUUGCUUGGUGCACUUGCACUAUUCGGUAGGGACGAGGCGUAAAUCCAUGGUCGGUCGGGCGCAAGUCGACAGAUGCCGAGAUAUACUGGCUUCUGAUCAUGCAACGAAUUUCGAGGCGCGGAUGGUGGCAGAAGUUACCCUGUACUGGAUUCUGUACGAAAACUGCUGUUUGACAGAAGUCGAUCUCCCGAAGGCACAGUCUGCCUUGCAUCAAUGGAGACAGAACUGGAAGUUUGUUCUAGAUCAGCCUCGGUCACAGUUUCUUGAAAUGGGAUUUCGAUUCGCCCAGCUGCUUGCCUACGAUCAAUCCCUAAAGACUCGAUCCGCAAGCGUUCGAGAGUCUCUGUUGUCAGAGAUGGUUCGUCUUUCUGCUGCAAUCAUGACGCUUGCAAUGGAAACGACAGACGAGCGCACGAAGCACCUAAGUGAUCACAUCUACCACAUGAUCACGUUCGCAGCAGUUACUCUUUGCAGACUUCUGCAUAUGUACGAAGAGCAGUUGGCGCGCUCCCACAAUAUCGCGGAGCUGGACACGUUGAUUGCGACGCUUGUGCCCUGGCUCAAGUCUAUCGGUCUCUCCUGCCACGCCGCCUUCACGCUCGGUGACAUCGUUGCUGCUUUCCACAAGAAAUUGCGUCCACUCGCGGGGCCAUCUCCGAUGACUGCUGAGGAGCAGAACUCCUGGGCAGACAUGUCCUUCUGGGCUUCGUUUCCGGAUAUACUUGGACCAGAGCCAACGAACACCACUAAUUGGGAUUUUUUACCGGACUGGGAACCAUUCAAAUGA